AGCCAACUUGGAGCCAUGCGUGGCAAAUCUAGAACAGUAAAAUGUGCUUUUCAAAAUUUCUCCCUGACUCUUGUAUUUAACCACGGCAUAACUGGGGGAAGGGGUGUAGACAUUGCUGUUGAAGCCCUUGGAAGAGUGCAGACUUUUUCACAGUGUGUAAAUAGUGUCCGAGAUGGAGGAAAAGCUGUAAUGAUUGGCCUUACACUCUCUGGUGCUAAAAGAGAGGUAGAUAUAAACCAUUUGGUUCGUAGACAGAUUAAAGUGAUUGGCUCUUAUGGAGGAAGGGCAAGACAAGACCUUCCAAAGUUAAUCAAAUUGGCAGAAAGUGGCAUUUUUAAUCUUGAUGUAGCUGUUUCAGAAAAACGAAAAUUCGAGGAGGCAGGACAAGUAUACAAGGACCUUGAUCGUGGACGUAUUGUUGGUCGUGCUGUAGUUGAGAUCAUGUAAUUUGUAUGUUGGAGAUAAU